AUGGGGAACUCGGAGAGCGUGUGGUGGAUUGUAGUGGAGAUCGCCUGCAGGAUCCUCGGUGUUUCAACUGCAACAGUGUUGUGUGCUGUGGGAGUGGAGACUCUACAUCAAGGAGAAUUCAAUAGCCUCGGCAUAUACCUACUAGUGUCAUCGGUGGCCAUCAUGGUUUUUGAGAUGGCCUAUUUCCUGGAUGCGCUCCUGAUCAUGUGCCUGCCCUGUCCUCCAGACUGGCAGCUGUUUGUGUUGUGGGGGAAGAUGGCGCGCAUAGGAGGUUUCCAUAAGUUCCUCUAUUACUCCAUUAUGUCAGUGGUCUGCUUCUUGCACCCUGUGUUGGUGUGGCACGCAAUCAUUCCAGGGACCAUGCUUCUGGUGACAGCUUUUUUCAACUUCAUACUCAGCAAGAAAACAAAAACCAAGUCCUACAAAAGGCCACAAGACCAGGGCCUGACCUCUGUCUGCGCCAGUGAGAGAGCAGGCUCGGACAGCACCGUCUCUUUCUUCCAAGUAGUGACAGGAAGGAGAGGUGGGGGGCUGGCCAUCGCAAGCAGGGACCACGGCCUCGGCGUGGAGGAGAGAGGAGAGAGCGUGCACGCCAUGCUGGAGCCGGAGCAGACGGCAGCGACCGGAGACCCAGACAGGGAGAGGAGGAGGAGGAAGGAGAGGAGGCUGAUAAGCUUCAGGGGCAGGGAGGAGCCUGUGGAGAGGGAGAUGGAGGAGAUGGACGGCGGCUGUGAGCCAGAGCCAGACACCACCUCAGACACUGCACCUAUGAUUACUGACUGA